AUGGAUACAGAGUCUGCUGUUGCCUCUUCCUCUGUUCAACCAGCCGACGCCUUAGAAAACCCAGCAGACGGGACAGAAGGGCAAUCUCUCAAGUCAGAUAUACAUGUAAAUGUAGGCCAUGAGGGAGGAGUUGGAGAUGUUCAGUAUCCAAUGAAGAUUCAAUCAGCAAGUGGUGGUGAAGGUGAUGGAUCUUCCUCUGAAACAGAUUUGCUUAUCAAGGGUCGCCACUUUUUACCAGGGAAUGGUGGCUCGACCCCUAGCACAGAGACCACGAGUGGGAAUAAUGAUGCUCGUGAUAUACUAGACAUCACGUGGGCCCCAACCCCAGCGCCAAAGAAUUUUGAGCUUGCCACGCUGAAUAGGUUUCUGCAGCAGGGAGGAUGUGCACCAGUAGAAGGCCAGCUCCAAACUGCAAUUGACGAAGCUUCUCAAAGGACAAUCAGAUACUACAAAUCAAAAGCCAAGGAAGCUUUUGGCCUUGUUCUCCAUCUGCUUGCCCCAGGACAAGAAGAUGAACUCAUGGCAUUAGUUCAGCCUGUACCUUCAAACAUUGACGACUCGUUGGCUGCAACUGUUAUAAAGUGUUAUGACGAGGCAAACACUUGGUUUACAAAAAGACAGAUCCUCUCAAUUCUUGCGGUGAAUCGAACCAAAUCACAGAUAGACCAAGCUCGCAAGCAUGCCAGAGAUGUUGGUCAAGCUCAGCCAGUUCCACUUGAGCCAAUCACCCGAUCUCGCUUGGACAACGUCAAGGUGGAUCACUUUCUGGACUUCAUAUCUAGGCCAGAAUUUGUCCAGGAUGUGGCCUAUGGUACCCGAACCAUGAAGUUGAGCAAUGGAGAAAAGAUUGAGAUCCCAAACAUAGUGCGAACAACAAUUGUGUCAAGAGUGGUCCAACUGUAUCAGGCCUACUGUGAAGAGACUGACUUCCACCCACUACAACGAUCAACGCUCUUCUCAAUAAUACAGGUAUGUGCUGCAUCACAAAAGAAAUCCCUUGCCGGACUUGACAACAUUGCUGCUGAAGGUUCCCAGGCAUUUGAUAGCCUCAUACAUGUUGUGGAACAGCUCGGAGAAUGUGGAUAUUCAGCUACAACUGUCGAGGCCUUGAAAUCAAAGAUACAGUCAGCAAGGAUGUAUCUGAAGACUGAUUACAAACUGCACAUCAGUGAAGCCAGUCAGUGCCCCGAUCACUGCAUCGUGUAUGCUCUAGCUGAAAGCACCUCAGCGUGCAAGCAUGACCACGACAUGUCCUGUGAAAGAUGCAAGGAGAUAGUCUUCAUAUUUGAAACCAUUGAGUUGGCCUUCAGGGAUUUACCUCUCGAUAAUUACAGAUACAGCAAACAGAAAGAUGAAAUACAAUUCGAUUUUGAGGCAGCAAAAGAAAAGAUCCUCCAACUUAAGUCACAUAUUCUUCGGGCUAAAAACCAAGAACGAGCAAAGACCAGCCUUCUCCAAACUCUGGAACCACAUCAAGCCUUGCUUACCAUGGAUUGGGCGAUGAAAUUUUUGCCAAUGAAAUUCAGGGAAGCACAACAAGACUGGUUUGCCAAGAAGGGUAUUUCGUGGCAUGUGACGGCCUCUGUAUCAAAGAUUGCUGAAAGCGAGUACAAGAUUCACUGCUUCGUCCACUUGUUGGAUCAGUGCAAACAGGAUUGGCACAGUGUGUACUCCGUCAUCGACGCUAGUCUCAGCAAACUUAUGGUAGAGUCGCCACAAGUGACAGAGGUGUUUCUCAGAUCCGACAACGCAGGGUGCUACCACAAUGCAUCCUUGUUGUUAUCUCUCCCUGUCCUGUCAAAGUCAAAAGGCAUCACCAUCAAGCGCUACGACUUCAGUGAGGCCCAGGCAGGAAAGGACAUUUGUGACCGAAAAAUUGCGCCCAUGAAAUCUCACAUUCAAAGAUAUGUCAAUGAGGGGAAUGAUGUCACAAACGCCAAACAAAUGAGGGAUGCCUUGGCAUCGUAUGGCGGGGUACGGGGCUGCCAUGUCGCCAUUGCAACUUUGAAAGCAGCACCUACAAGUGAGAGAGGAACAUGGCCUGGCAUCACGUCUUUUACCAAUUUUGAAUUUGAGGAUGAAGGAAUUCGUGUGUGGAAGGCUUAUGGUAUUGGUCCAGGCACCUUUCAUAGUUACAAUAAGCUGUUGAAAAAGUGUAAGCAAGGACCAUCAGGUGUCAUUGUUGGUGAUUACACAAAGCCAGCAAAAGUGACUGGAGCAAUGGCUGGCAACCUUGAUCCAACACAGGUUGUCCAAGUACCCUGUCCAGAAAAUGGGUGCAGCAAGACCUUCCCCACCCAGGAGGCCCUCACCACCCACAUGGCGUGUGGUGUACAUGAUCUUCUGCCACUGAAAGACACCAGGAUGGAUGCUAUAAAGAGGAAAUGGGCAGGAAGAGUGGAGGCAGUCGGAAAGCCCAGGGACGCCUCAAGUUCACUUGAACUGCAAUCCGCUCUGCAGAUGGAGGACACUGAUACCCAGGUCAGUGCUGGCUGGGCGCAUCGAGGACAGAGGACUGCCCGUCGCUAUUCCCCCGAAAUAAGAGCCUUCCUUGAAAAGGAAUUUAUGAAGGGAGUCGGUGGAAUGAAAGAAAAUCCAGUCAAUGUGUCUUCCCGUAUAAAGGCUGCUUUCGGUAAGGAGGAUUGGCUGACAUCUCAUCAGGUCAUGGGUUACUUCAGUCGUCUCUCCACGAAACAGAAGUGUGGACGUCUUCCCCAUGGUACCCAGGCGGCUGUGGUUGAGGAAUCUGAUGCAGAGUUCGCUGUUGCUGCUGCUGCAGUAACACGACGCCAACUCAGAGACAAGGUCAUCAACCAGACAGGACUGUAG